GUUCUUUAAUAGGUUAUUAUACAUAAAGCUCUAUAAUCUAGCCUGUGAUCAGUGAAAAUAACCCAAGUGCUCUCCUAUUAUCUGCGUACGGAUGCAUAUUACUUGGCUUCUCUAGAUUUACAUGAAAGAAAUCCAAACCCGGUCGUCUGGCAAAACUAAUGGAAAAGAAAAGAGCUACAGCAGGCAGAAUGUGAAAAAAAACAUCACAGAAAGGGAUUGAAUGAAUUUGUGAGCACUGCCUUCUACCGCCCGGCACCACAUCCAUUUAGUGUGCUUAUGAAACACAGAGAGAGAGAGGGAGACAGAAAGCGGCGGAGCUGCUGAGGGAAAGCGCCCAGCCUAGCCCUCUCAGGGUUAAUUAAGAGAGCACCCCCCGCGGAGCCCACAGGACUACGAACUGUUUACUGAGAGACUUUUCAUGCAAACUAUAGUCUUUUUGCUCGGAAUCUAAUUGCGCCUGAUGGAGCCAUUACUUUGUAAUCAGAGCAGCUCUCCGGCAGGCUCUCGAGGGAUUAAUUAGAGGAUGAGGCAGAACCCACGUUGAACAAACAUAAAGAAGGACCACCUGAAUACCCCCGCCCUACAGGGUAACUAUUGUUACUAAGAACAAUCGUGUCGCUUGGCACCGCCGGUGUACUUUACCUCAGGAGUUUAUUAGGUUACUAUACCGAGACAUGCGGGGCGAUCCAUCACUGCUCCUCCUCAUCAAUGAGCUGUGGCCUUGCAGCGGCACACACAGCACGGCAACCUUAAACUGCUCUCAGCUGUUAUCAUGAAAGGGCUGCUGUCUGUGCGAGGUUAAAUGAACAGCAAAGGAAAUGUGCGUGUCUUCUUCCCCUUCGCAUGGAGACAGCCACUCACUAACUGCUAUGCACGGAGCAACAUGAACACGCCGAGCCCGGCUGCCAGGGAGAGAUCAAUGAUUGGUCCGUGACCAGAAAGUUGUUCUUCAUGGGAGGAGUCAUGCUUCACACGGCCACACCUUGCUGGCAUAUACUUUGUUUGGUGGCCAUGCUCUUGGUCUUUAUGGGGUCUGCUUUUGGUUGUCCAGCAAAGUGUGAGUGCUCAGCACAAAACAAAUCUGUCAGUUGCCAUCGUAGGCGUCUUGUGACAAUCCCAGAGGGCAUCCCUAUUGAGACUAAAAUUCUGGAUUUAAGCAAAAACAAACUGAAAAGUGUGAAUCCAGUGGAUUUUGUGUCCUACCCUUUGCUAGAGGAUAUAGACCUUAGCGACAACAUCAUAUCAAAUGUGGAGCCUGGUGCUUUUAAUAGUCUUUUCAACUUGCGUUCAUUGAGUUUAAAAGGAAAUAGAUUAAAACUAGUUCCCUUGGGGGUGUUCACAGGUUUGUCAAAUUUAACUAAGCUGGAUAUAAGUGAAAACAAAAUAGUUAUUUUACUAGACUACAUGUUUCAGGAUCUGCACAGUUUAAAGUCCCUUGAAGUUGGAGAUAAUGAAUUGGUUUAUAUUUCUCAUAGAGCUUUCAGCGGAUUGGUUAGCCUGGAGCAGCUGACUUUGGAAAAAUGUAACUUAACAGCAGUACCAACGGAUGCUCUUUCACAUCUUCACAAUCUUUAUAGUCUACAUUUGAAAUAUCUCAACAUUAAUGUGUUGCCUCCAUUUGCCUUUAAGAGAUUGUUUCAUCUAAAAAUUCUGGAGAUCAGUUACUGGCCUCUUUUAGACUUGGUGCCUGCUAAUAGCUUGUAUGGUCUGAACCUCACAUUUCUCUCAAUCACCAAUACCAAUCUGUCUACAAUACCUUAUCAUGCUUUAAAACACUUAAUUUAUCUAACACACUUGAACCUCUCCUAUAAUCCUAUAGGCAUAAUUGACACAGGUGUGUUUUCAGACUUGGUGCGCCUUCAAGAACUGCACUUGGUAGGAGCUCAACUGAGGACCAUUGAACCACAUGCUUUCCAAGGGCUUCGGUUCUUGCGCUUACUUAAUGUGUCUCAAAACCUGUUGGAAACUUUAGAAGAAAAUGCUUUUCAAUCUCCUAAAGCUUUGGAAGUUCUUUGCAUUGAUGAUAAUCCCUUAGUUUGUGAUUGCCGUCUCAUAUGGAUGCUACAAAGACAUCCCAUGUUGCACUUUGGGGGGCAACAGCCUAUGUGUUCUAGCCCAGACAGUUUAAAAGAAAGUUCAUAUAAGGUGCUAGAUGCUGCUGUAUUAUCUUUUUACUUCACUUGUAAAAAGCCUAAAAUUCGAGACAGGGAAAUGCUGCAGGUUCAUGUGGAUGAGGGGCAGAGGGUGCAGAUGAACUGCAAUGCUGAUGGAGACCCACAACCAAUGAUUUCAUGGGUGACACCACGUAGAAGGACAGUCUCUCUAAAAUCUAAUGGAAGAACCACUGUGCUCGGUAAUGGCACUCUAGAAAUUCGAUAUGCCCAGAUUCAAGACACAGGAACCUACAUUUGUGUUGCAAGCAAUGCUGCUGGAAAUGACACUUUCUCAGCUUCGCUUACUGUCAAAGGAUUUGUCCCUGAUCGUUCCUAUACAAAUAUGACCCCAAUGUUUAUAACAGAGUUAAAUGAGACCAGCACAAAUGGUACUAAUGCAAAUAUGACUUUUAAUCUAGACCUUAAAACAAUCCUGGUUUCUACAGCUAUGGGCUGUUUCACAUUCCUCGGAGUGGUUUUGUUUUGUUUCCUUCUACUUUUUGUGUGGAGCCGAGGGAAAGGGAAGCAUAAAGCCAGCAUUGACCUGGAGUAUGUCCCACGGAAAAACAAUGGUGCUGUAGUGGAAGCUGAUGUUUCAGUCACUGCACCCAGGAGAUUUAAUAUGAAAAUGAUUUAGCAGUUUCACUGAUGGUAGAGCUUUCCUUUGGCACUGUUUCUAUCCACUGAAGCAACCUAGCACUUUGGAUUGCUGGGUAAAGGCAGCAGAGUGCAGCUGUCACUGUGUCAAAUUGGUUUUGUCAAAUUGGAAAGACUGUCCGGCUGUUCAGUGAUGCCCUGUAACCGAAGGGCAGGAACAUGAAAGCAUUCUGUGGAGCUGUUUUAAUAAUUGUUUGCAUUGCAAAUAUUGGCAUUCUGGGGAUCUCAGUAACGAAAAAAAAAAACUUUUGGAUCAUGUUCAUGGACAAAAUAACCCAACAUUUUCUACCACUUAAAUAAAAAACAAAAAAAAAACAAGACAAGCCUACAGUGUAGGGUUUACAUAUAAAAUAACACAUAUGUCCAAAACAUAUUCUGCAGUGUAAUUUGUAUCUAUGGAUAUCAUUUGUUUAAACAAGAGCUUCAUCCUUUUCUUGUUGAUUUCACACCACAAAAUAAAUUGUUAAAGCUUACUUUAUAUGCAUACUAUGCCCAUCCUAAAGCAAUACAAAUGAAAGAUUGUGCUUUUUCUCCACUGAUAAUGGCUUUGGUGUGCUCAUUUUCUCACAUAUGCCUCAUCUUAAAGAUCACCUGUUACUAAACUAUUACAUCCCUAAGGUACAGAGGCAAAUACAAGGCUACAACACUAAAUGCCCAUUAUCCAAUGGUGUGUAAAAAAGACACUAAUGGUUGUGGUCCUGUUAAUAUUUUAUAAAGUAAUGCAUUUACAGCACGUCUUUGUAGGAAGUGGAUUUAUGACAUCACUUAAGUUCCUAUAAAAUAUUAACAAACUGUACAGUUUAUAGAAUGAAUUGAAUGGAGCUGCAGAUCUAAUAUUCACAGUUUACAUUUUUCUAAUAGAAACCACGUUCAGAAUUCUUUUAUCAAAGUGAUCUUUAAGGUGGGAAACAGAUAAUUAAAACCUGUUCCACAAUGGGAGAUCUCACCCCCUCCCCCAUUUUUUCCUUUCUUCCUUUUGUCUGAAAAAGUAAAUUUUAUGGCUUCGAAACAUGGUUUGGUGUAUUAAUUGUGUUGUUAUUUAUAAAGACAUAUAACUGAUAUUUGAUACAGAGCUAAGUUAUUUUUUAUACUUGAUUAUCACUCUCGACCAGGUUACUGUAUUAGAAAUAUAUGGUCUAUGUCAAAGAUUUGGGUGAUGAUACGCAAUUGCCAGCAGUAGACAUGUUUUACUUCGAGAGAGACAAAAGCACGGACAUGCUUUUUAUGACUGACACUAUGGGACUGAUUUACAAACACAGGUGCUAAACUGCAAAAGUGCAGUUCAAUUAAUUUUGAACAGGCUACUAGAAGUUAGAAAAUUAAAGCAAAGUCCCAAUUGGGUGUAACUGGCAACUGCACUUGUGCGACUUAGCACCUGUGUUGCUAAAUGAGCCUUUAUAUGUUUGUAGAAAUGAAUGCUGGAGAAAAUGUACCUAUGAAUUUAGAUGUAUUAGCUAGAUAGCUAUAUAAACAGAAUUCUCACAAUAAUUCCAGGAAAAUAAAAUAUAUGCACAAAGCCAUUGAACACAUGUGCUUUCUAACCGUAGCAGGAUAAUGUUGUUCAGAAUAGACAUUCAUUAUUAAAUAAUGCUGUUUCUGUAUGUUAAACCACAUACCAAUUUUAAAAAAAUGAUGAAAAAUCAAAACAUUACAUUCUGAAUUCCCCAACAGGCAGUGUAUCUAUUUUACAUUAACAAAACAAAUGUAGUGUAAAAUGGCAGUGCCACAAUACAUUUGUAUGUGUCUUUAUGUGCUGGGAAAAGUAAUUUGCUUGCUUUCAUUAAUAAUAUGUCACAAAGGUUAAAACUAUGUAUAAUAACUUAUUGUAGAAACUCAUCCAUCACACAGAAGAACACCUACUGUAACUAUGCUAACAUUGGUUCAGAAAAGGGCAAUUGUUUAUUAAAAAAAAGUGCUUAUAUAUGUAAAAUGUAUUCUUUUGUUAUAUGACAAACAAAAAGGGUCUUUUUUCAGAUCACCUUAACACACAAAUGUAGCAUAUUUUUAAACAGAAAUCAAAAUCAAGAGAUGUCCAAUCUGCCCCCCCCCCCCCCAAUUAAAGUGCAACUCUCAGGAUGCCCAAUAUUUUUAGCCCAAACACAAGAGGGUAGCAGCUUGGGCAUCUCUAGGCUUCAUGUGGAUGUUGGUGCUGUAUCAAGCCAAAAAUGAUUUUCAAAAGUGGUAACCAUCUCAAAUAACAAUUUUGUAUUAAGUGUUCCAAAUAUAAGAUUGUUUUACCUUUCUAAUGGAGUUACAUCAUGUUACACAUCUAAAUUGACUAUUCUGUAAAUGUGUGCAAACCCAUCACUUACAAGGAUAAAAUAUAACUAUUACAUUAAAUGGUUUGUCCUUUUUUGGGUAA